AUGUAUUUCCAGUCUUCUAACAGGUAUUCCGUGGAGGGAUUUCUCGACAAGAACAAGGACACCCUUUUCCAGGACUUCAAGCGGCUGAUGUACAACAGCGCAGACCCCGUCCUGCGAGAGAUGUGGCCCGAGGGGAAGCAGAGCAUCACCGAGGUGACCAAGCGGCCCCUGACGGCUGCCACUCUCUUCAAGAACUCCAUCGUGGCCCUGGUGGAGAACCUGGCCUCCAAGGAGCCCUAUUACGUCCGUUGCAUCAAGCCCAAUGACCAGAAGUCACCGCACCUCUUUGACGAGGAACGCUGCUGCCACCAGGUGUCCUACUUGGGACUGCUGGAGAACGUGCGGGUCCGACGGGCCGGUUUCGCCUACAGACAGCCCUAUGACCGCUUCCUGCUCCGGUACAAGAUGACCUGUGAGUACACGUGGCCCAACCACCUCAUGGCCACGGACCGCGAGGCCACCCAGGCCCUGAUGGAGCAACACGGCUUCCAAGACGACGUCGCCUACGGGAACACCAAGGUCUUUAUCCGCACACCGCAGACUCUCUUCUGCCUGGAGGAGGCGCGAGCCCAGCUGAUCCCCAUCAUCGUGCUGCUACUGCAGAAGGCUUGGAGGGGAGCGUUGGCCCGCAGGCGUUGUAGGUACCUCCGGGCCGUCUACACCAUCAUGUCUUACUUCAAACGCUACAAAGUGAAGUCCUACUUGCUGGAGCUGGUGCAGCGCUUCCAGGCUGUGCGCAGCAUGGCUGACUACGGCAAGAGCGUGGAGUGGCCAGAGCCCCCGGCUGUGCUGGCGCAGUUCCAGGAAAACAGCAAGCUCAUCUUCCGCAGGUGGCGUGCCAGACAGAUUGUGAACAACAUCCCUCCCUCUGACAUGGAGCAGAUCAAGGCCAAAGUGGCCGCUCUGGAUGUCCUGCAAGGGCUUCGGAAGGACUGGGGCUGUGGACGGAACUGGGGACGGAACUACUUGGUGUCGGUGGAUGAAAACCCUGUCAUGGCCGGCCAGUUCGCCAAGCGGGUGGAAGCCCUGAAGGAGAAGGUGCAUUUCCGCUUGGUGCUCUUCUCGUGCCACGUCCGCAAGAUAAACCACUGCAACAAGAGUACGGACCGAGCGCUUCUCAUCACAGACCGGCACCUGUACAAGAUGGAGCCAAGGAAGCAGUACAGGGUGAUGGCGUCCAUUCCUCUGAAGAUGGUGACGGGGGUGAGUGUGACGAGCGGUGUGGACCAGCUGGUGGUCUUCCACAUGCAGAACUGCCACGGGUUGGUGGUCUGCCUUCACAAGAUGCACCCG